AUGACUGGAAUAUUUCAGGUGUUAUUAUUAGUCAGCGCGACUCUGGCCUCCGAGCCAUCGUGUCCAGCGUGCUCCAAAUACGAUUAUGAGGAAAAGAUGCUCGAGAGAAUGAUCCGCAUGGAUUUCGCUUUUGAGAAAUUAGACGAAAAGUUGGAACAGAAUUUGAGCAAGAUUAAAGAGGAGAAAGCACAUCUGCACGAGCUGAUCGUUGAUGACCUAACGGAUCAACAAAAACCAGCAGAACAACAAGCUCUUAUCCCAGCGGUGUACUUUCAAGCUCGCUCUCCUCAGACCAGCAGCCUAACCACAGGAGAAGUAAUAGUUUACAAGACAGAGGAGACUAACCAGGGCAAUGGCUACAGCGCUACCACGGGCAAGUUCACCGCUCCAGUAAAGGGACUCUACAUGUUCUUUAUGCACACCUGUACCAAUUCACAUAAGUUUGCUUUUCUACAAUUAGUGAAGGACGGAUUGAAUCUCAUUGCAAAUGAGAAGCAUGCAACGUCUGGAGUUACCUGUUCAAGUAGCCAGGUUUUUGUUAAGCUUGACAUCGGAGAAAAGGUCUGGGUGCAGUGCUCCGGAGGUGCCUCGACCGUCCAGCUAUAUCAUUCUCAAGCGUACAGUUGGACUAGUUUCGGUGGUGAUUUGAUUCACAAUUGA